AUGGCGGCGCCGCGCGCAAGCCACCGCGUGGAGUGCGAGAAGGGGCUGGACCGCGUGGCCUCCAAGGCGCCCGACGCGGAGAUCCUCGUCCCGGAGCUGGACAGCCCCGAUGGCUGGCGGGUCAUGGGCCCCUCCCGCGUGCGCGUGACCGCGCCAGUGCGGCAGUUCCUCGAGCACGCCCUGUACGACCUCACUCACGGCAUCCCCCCAGGCGUCCCCUCCCCGCCCCCUCGAGGAGCAGCGGGCGUCGCUGAGGGGACUGCUCGACGGGAGCAGAUGGCCCUUCACCGUGUUGCUGCUGGACGAGCCGCCCGGGCCCGAGGCGGCGGGCCCUGGCGCCUCGGAUCAGGACGCCCUUAG